AUGGCCGACGCUAAAGAAAUAUUAAGCAAUUUUUUAUUCACAGUUCUUGAUAGCCGCGGAUACAAGACGAGAGAUGUUAACAUACAAGAAAUAACAACGGGGGGUGCUAAUUAUACUUCGGUUCUGUUUUCGAUACAUGUAAAAACUCUUAAUAAAGAAUUAAAACUUUUUGCAAAGGUUGCUAUCAUGAGCAAGGAGAUGAGGAUAGUAGCGAACGCUGAAAAGUUGUUUAUAACAGAGGAAUUUGUUUACAACCAACUUAUACCUCUUUAUAAUAACCUCCAGAAGGAUUUAGAUGAAGAACACAAGUUCAUAUUCCCUGAAUUCUACGGCUUUAAUAAUGUGUACGGUAAAGAAACAGUCAUAUUAGAAAAUCUAGUUGAAAGUGGUUAUAAGUCUUACAGUCGUUUUAAAUCCAUGGAUUGGGAUCAUGGCAGAGUUAGUGUGGAAGCUUUAGCACGGUUCCACGCUCUGUCGUUUGCAUUGAAGAAGAGUGAUCCAGAAGGUUUCCAAAAAAUAGCUGAAGACAGGAAGUACACUUUUGAUAAAGAUGCAUUCGAUCAAACAACCAUAGAUCAAUUUAAGGAUAUGGUGGAGAAAGCGUUGAGUGUUUUAAAGGAGGAGGAGUAUCGUGAUAAAAUCAGAAAGUUUUUAUUUAACACUAACUUGUUGGAAAAAUACAACAAGCCUCUGAGCACACCGGUGUUGGCCCACGGUGAUUACAGAUUAAGCAACGUGUUAUUUAAGGAAAAGGGUCAUGGUCUGAGUGCAGUAAUAGUUGAUUACCAGACUGUCCAUACCGGAUGUCCUGUAGGAGAUCUCUUCUACAUCAUAUUUAUGGGCUCGGAUGAAGAGUUCCGCCGUCUGUAUUAUGACAAACUAAUAAAUCACUACUAUACGAGUCUAGAAGAAGCUCUCAAGAGGCUGGCUGUAGAUCCUGUAGAAGUGUAUCCGAGAGAGAGUUUUGAAAGUGAUAUGAAAGAGUUACUCCCGUACGUAAUGUUGACAGCGGUGACAGCUCUGCCGAUGGUAGUAGUCGAUUAUGAAUCUGCUCCGAAGUGGGAUUCUGAUGAAGCUGACUUCUCUACUUUGAUUGUUGAACCGGGUUUAUUGUACAAGCAGAGGUUUAGAGGCAUCGUAGACGACUUAGUGAGAUGGGGGGUUAUAUAA